AUGCCACCGCUGUCGGCCUACACACCAUUUGAAUCGCUUCUCUUCUUCCAAUGCCUCGCGUCGCUCGCUUCCAGGCCUGCCAGUUUUGCGGAUAUAUCGGAUACGCUGCGGAAGAAUCGCUUUGUCAAGGAAAAUGACGCUUUUGAUGGGGACCGGUUGAGCCCCGAGGCGCUGGAGGAGCUGUAUACCACGCUUUUGCAGGAAGGGGUUGACAGCAGUAUCACCGCCACCACCACCACCGAUUCAGCCAAUGCGAAUUUGAAGAAGCGCAAGAUUAAUAAUAAUAAUAAUAAUGCAGCUCAAUCGCAUACAGUUGUCGUGCCCGCGCUGGUAUCCCAGCUCUAUGCGAGGUACAAGGAUCGAGUGACAAAGGAGAUUCGAGACGAGGAGCAAAAAUACAGAGAAAUUCGCGACGAGAUUGAUAGGCUUCAGAAAGACCAAUUAGACAAACCUGUGGAACCUGCUGUCCAAAAUGUCGUCACGACCGACCUGUUACCGGACUCGGCCAAAGCCCUACCUGUGCCUUCUACGAGCGACCGGAUGGAUAUCGACACCAAUGAUCUUGCAGAGGAAGAGAAAACGAAUGUCAUUCCUCCAAACGUGAAUAAUGUUCAAGGUGUUAAGGAAAUACGACGACAGCAGGAGGCAGCUCCGAUAACAUCACAUCAAACUCCCAAGCCAGCCUUACCACUAGUUCCACCGAGCAAGCCACAAGAAGAGGGCCCUCUACCAAAACUAGACACAGUCAAGCAACAGGGGCCUCCUCCAGCACCAGCUCCACCAGUCAUUGCACCGGCACGGGCGCUUCAGCCGCAGCCUCCCACUCCAAUUCCUGGGAAACAGCCGGUUUCGGUUCCAGCUGCUACUCCUAAGCCAGCACCCAAAGCGACACCACCAAUUGCAAGGGAACAGCCUCUAGCGCCACAACCAGCGCAAAUUUCGCCUGCACCACCGAAGAUUGAAGUCAAAGUUCCGGCACCUAAUCAACUGAGUCGACCGCCAUCUCAUACCCCUUCGCGCACUGGGCCUUCCCCGAGCCGCAAUCAGCCGGCGCUUCCUCCAGGCUCAACUAUUGUUUUCCAAGCACAACAGGCGCCGAGCUUACCGGCCACGCCUCCGGUUCAACGUCAUAUUCCUCAAGUGAGCGAAAACGUAGCGCGUCAAGGUGUGCCUAUUCCAACUGGUACCCCAAUUGCUCCGCAUAUCCCACCGGGGCAACAUGCCUUUCAGCAAUGGUCACCUCAUCCCCCUCCGCCUCACUCUGCUGCCUCGGUUCGUACACCUGGCAUUCUGCCGGCGGCACAAAGACCGAUCAUGCCUCAGCAAGCACACCAUGCACAACUGGAGUUUUCCAAUACAGUUCCUGCGUCUGUCCAUGGCCCACUUCCUGUUACGCCAGGUGCGCAGGCCCCUUUUGCACCGAUGAGUGCUCCACAAACACCCCUUCCUGGAACUCCAACUUUCCGCCCAGGCAUGAAGCCAAGGAUGUCUCGCGCAUCUAUAGAUACUGCCGGGUCUCUCACGCCUUGGAAGCGUACUCCAAGCUUGAGCAUCAGCAUUCCGGAUACUCCAGGGUCACCCCCACGCCCUCAGCCUGGAGAUGUUAGCCCCAUCAGCGACAGAGAGCCGUCGCCUAUCGAAUUUCCCGAGCCUGCUGUCAAAGAAGGUGUGGUGCAGAGGAAGCCUAGUCAAUCCGAAUCCGAGAAGCCACGCCGCGGUAGAAAACGAAGUGUUCAGCCUCCGAGUCUAGAGAAAGCAGAACCAAAGAGCGACAGAGCGACGCCAGCGAGGAGAGGGAAAAGAGGUGACAGCAUUACAUCGACAAGGGGCAGAGCAAUAUCAGCAGCUUCUCGUGAAGAUGAAGAAAGUCUUGAUUCGGCAGCUGCACAAAGGAAAAUCAAAGACGAAGCCCCGGCUACUCCGGCUGGUAUCUCGGAAGACACCGAAGCAGAGAUGAGACCGGUAACUCGACGAAAGUCAACCGUAACGGUGGGGCCGAGCGAGGACAUGCAAGUAAAGGGAAGACCAAAGCGUAAACGUGGUGCAAGUGAAGUCUUGGAUAUCGAAAGAGAUCAACCUACACCGGGUCGUCCUUCAACAUCACAACUCAUAUAUUGCACUCGCAAUUUCCCACGAACGGGUGCCCCUUUGAUGAACGAUGUUUCCGCGCACAAGCAUGCUUCCAUCUUCGGCAAACCGUUGACCGAGAGAGAGGCACCAGGGUACAAGGACUUGAUUUACCGACCUCAAGAUUUGAAAACCAUCAGGUCGGCCCUUAACCAGGGAAACCGUGCGGUGGCUGCUGCUACAGAAUCGUUCAGUACUCCGGUUGAUGGGGAGUCGCCCAAUCCCGCUGCCACCGGCACUCCUUCGAAAAACGCUGCUUGGCUUCCCAAGACAGCCGAGUUGAUUCCACCCAAGGCAAUUGUAAAUUCGUCCCAGUUGGAGAAGGAGCUUAUACGCAUGUUUGCCAACGCUGUAAUGUUCAACCCAGCCCCCGAACGCGAGCGUGGCUUUGGUCCGUCGUUUCCUUUAGGAACAGCCAACGAAUCCCGAUCAAGUUCGCAACCUUGGCAACUCGAUGAAGGGGGAAUCUUUCGUGACACCCGCGAGAUGUGUGAUGAUGUCGAAAAAGCGGUCACAAAAUGGCGAGCGGCGGAACGCACCACGGCAGAUGACCUCAGUAACAAGAACUUGUUCACGCUUCGAGGCAACAGUGGCGAAAAUGCGGAGAACACGGACAGUGAUAUGAAGGGGUGA